GAAGGUUGAGAACCACUGGCUUAAUUAAUACAUCUUAUAGCUUGGGUUUGGUAACAUCCAAGCCUAGAAAUAUGGUCAAUUUAAUUAUGAUCCUGAUUAUGGUUUGAGGGAGUUCUGAAGAAUUAACUUUCCAAGGAAACACAGGUUGUAGGACUGAAGCUUCCUGCAGCAUGUCCAUUGCUUCCUACCGUAUUUUCCUCCUCUCUGCAGGUUGUCGGUUCAGUCACAAUUUUGCCACCAAAGGUGUUUUUUUUUUCUUUUUAAAGAUUCACCAGCUAGGGGCCUGAAUCAUCCAGCCCUAAAAAGGGAUGAAUUUUUCGGUGGCUCAUGUGGCCCAAACGGAGCUUUUUUAUUAUACCGUUGCUUCAAAGUUCUGCGUCGAAAAAGUCGGAUUCGGCGGGACAGUCCAUUCCGCUCACAGCAACGAGGACUGAAUUAUUCUGUUGCUCUGCAAUCUCCUCCCCGCUCACCACGUUGCUUUAAUUUUUUUUAAUGCCUGUAUGUGGCUCUGCAAGUCCUUUUUUGUCCGGGCUCGUUAUCUAUUUACAUUUUUAUACCAUCCCUGUUGCAGGAUGGGAAAAGGGGAUUUGCACUAGGUGGGCGGCGGGAGUGAGAUAGCUGGUGUCUCCAGGCCCGCCGCCUCCCCUUCCCCAGAGCUGAAGCUGAGGCCGGCAAAGGGAACCUCCCUGCACCUGCCUUCCUCCGCGCCCGAGAGGAUCGGGAGUGGGUGGGAAUUCCGUUCCAAGAGACGGGAAGGUUCGCCGCUGCCUUGAGAGCGUCCCGCGUGGACGCGGAAGAGUCCGGGUCGGCGACCAGCCCCGAAAGCUAGGCAGGAGUCGCUAAGCAGCUGCCUUUCUCCACGCGUCCCGCUGUGAGCUCAACCCUUCGCCUGACCUCGGCCCUGACCGCCUCCGGUUGAGUGGAAAGGGAGAAGGACGGCUCGGUCCACGGCUCUCCGGCCGCGCGUCGCUUCCCGUCUCUUUCGACUAAAGCCGGUGCCCGUGAAGUUCGCCUCGGUUUGUGCGGCUCAGUCCUGCUCUUCCGUCUGAUUUUGGACGCCUCAGACGGCAGCAACAAAGCGACGUUGCUCCGCCGCUCAGCCCCGCUUCUUCGCCGCUGGGUUUCCUCCCUGCUAUUUCGCUCCUUUUCCUCGGAGUCCUUUCCAACUUGCCUCGGCGCAGAGAUUAGCAACGACCCGACAAUGCCGCCAGUCUUGGCGUUCCUCGCGGUGGGCGGCUGCUUCCUGGCUCUGGCGGAGGAGGAAUUGGAUAAUACCAUUACAAUGGAGGAUCAGAUUUAUCUCCUUCUGGAGUCCAAAGUUCAGUGUGAACAAAACCUCACAGCUCAGGUACAAGAAGAAAGAGGUACUUUCUUUCAUUUUUCAGCAGGAGACCAGUGCUUUCCAGAAUGGGAUGGUCUAAUCUGCUGGCCCAGGGGGUCAGUAGGAAAAACAUUAGCUGUGCCUUGUCCUUCUUAUAUCUAUGAUUUUAAUCACCAGGGUAUGGCCUUCCGACAUUGUAAUUCAAAUGGAACAUGGGCUUAUGUGCACAGUUUAAACCGAACAUGGUCUAAUUAUUCUGAGUGCCUCCGUUUCCUGCAAACAGAAACCAGUGUGCGAAAGAGGAAAUUCUUUGAACGUCUCUCUGUCAUGUACACGGUGGGAUAUUCCAUUUCCUUUUCCUCUCUGGCUGUGGCGGUUUUUAUCAUUGGCUACUUCAGGAGGCUCCACUGCACCCGGACUUGUAUACAUCUGCAUUUGUUUGUCUCUUUCAUGCUCAGAGCUACCAGCAUUUUUAUUAAAGAUAAAGUUGUUCGUCCUCAUUUUGGAGACAAAGAGUUUGACUCACUACUCACAAGUGAUCUACAAAAUAUUAUACAGACUCCAGUCAUGGACAGAUCUCAGUAUGUGUGGUGCAAAAUUACUGUGGUGAUGUUUAUUUACUUCUUGGCAACAAACUACUAUUGGAUCUUGGUUGAAGGUCUCUAUCUACACAGCUUAAUAUUUGUGGCUUUCUUUUCGGAUACCAAGUACCUAUGGGGUUUUAUCUUAAUAGGCUGGGGUUUCCCAGCUGUCUUUGUAGCGGCCUGGGCAGCAGUCAGAGCAGCAAUGGCAGAUGCAAGAUGCUGGGAGCUUAAUGCUGGAAAUAUAAAAUGGAUAUAUCAAACUCCAAUUUUAGUAGCUAUUGGGCUGAACUUUGUUCUCUUCCUGAAUACUGUGCGGGUGCUGGCCACAAAAAUUUGGGAAACAAAUGCUGUUGGCUACGAUGUCAGAAAGCAAUAUAGAAAACUAGCAAAAUCCACUUUAAUUCUGAUCCUGGUCUUUGGUGUGCAUUACAUUGUCUUCGUGUGCCUACCUCACACGUUCACUGGGUUAGGCUGGGAGAUCCGGAUGCACUGUGAACUCUUCUUCAAUUCAUUCCAGGGAUUUUUUGUCUCUAUCAUCUAUUGUUACUGUAAUGGAGAGGUGCAAGCUGAGCUCAAAAAGACAUGGGCUAAAUGGAACUUGGCCACAGACUGGAAGAGGACUGUUCCUUGUAGGAAUUCUCACUGUGGUUCUGUCCUCACUAACAUGACCCAGAGCACCAGCAGCCAGGCUCAGAUGGGUGCCAGCUCCCGCAUGAGGCUGGUUUCCAGCAAGGCAUGCAGGAAUGGCACAGGGCAGAACGAUGCCCAUAUACAUUUGCCUGGGUAUGUUAGGAGCAACUCUGAACAUGACUGCAUGCCCCAUUGGGCUCAGGAAGAGGCUGAUGAGGAGGAAGAGAAGAGGCUGGAUGGCAUUUCUCUCAACAAACCUUCUAGACUUCAGAACAAUCAUGCAGAUUUUCUCAAGGUGGAAGCGAACCAAAUGGAAAUAGAGGCAGCACUUUAAGAAGCUGGGGUGUAGGCAAAGGAUUACAAAAGUGAAAAUGGUCAUCACAUAGAAAUGGAUGGGCCACCUUUCAUUCAGGCAGCUGAGCUCUCCAUCUUCUUCCUAGGAUAAUAUUUUCAACUUCAUAUGAGUUUAUUUUGACUCACCUAAUCAAGACCCAUGGACACAUUUCUCAGCCGGAGGCUUUCUCCAACCAGCAGUGUAUCCAAAAUCAUUUUUGAGUGGAGAUUAUGGUUCUUCAGUAUCUGAACUCUGAUUUCUUCACAACAACUUUUUGUUGCAUGAUAUUCCUGUGUUAGCAAGAAGCAAAGGCACUUAUAAUGAUAACAAUUAGAUAAAGUUAUUUUGAAUCAACUGACAUUUAAAAAGAACUUACAGAAGCAAAAAGAACCUAUAUUCAUCAGUGAUAUUCAGUAAUAAGUUCUAAAUAUUAAUAUAAUUUUGACUUGAAGUCUAUUCCUUUUAAAAUGAGUAUUAACAAAUCCAUAUAUAUGUCUAUAUUAUACAUAGAUUUAUGAUUUCUACUCAUAUUUUAAUUUAAAAAUGUAUCUGAAUUAAUUUUUCUUAAUUGUACUAAUAUAUAUUUUUCUUCCAUGAAUGCAAGCUCUUCUUCUUCCCCCUCCAUCCUGUCAGGUAUCCUCAUACCUUUCCACAAAAAUAGUAGUGUAGACCAGGGGUCCCCAGCCCCUGGGCUGCUACCCACUACUGGGCCGUGGCCUGUUUGAAACUGACCUGCAGGAGUGGAGCAUUGUGUGUGAGCGCAAGUGGCUGCCACUCUCUCGAGUGGAGCUUCCUUGUGGUUGACUGCUGCUUGUGUGAGUGAAGUGUGAAAUUCCAUUUGCGCGAGUGGUCAUAGGCGUGCACUCCAUUUGCGCGAGUGGUCAUAGGCGUACACCGUUCACACAAAUGGAGGUGCAUGCAUCUGCCAUUCAUGUCCGUCCUCCACACUGGGUCGAGCUGGAAAGGUAGACAUUUUUAGCUGAUGUAGACAUUUUUAGCCACAAAGAGAUAUAAUGUGAAAUUAUUUAUACUGUUCUCUUUUCACAGUUUUUGUUUAGUCCUUAGCAAACUCACCUUACUAUUCAAGGGGCAAAUUAUUUACUUGCAGUCCAGCAUUCCACUGAAGUAUGCCAGUCAAUGUACUGUACGAUAUACUAAAAACAAUGCAACAUGCAAUCAAAUAACAUCCAGAUAGUCUUGUCUUGGUUAGCCUUUAUUAAAGCCUUGGCUUGGCUUGGCUUUUCCCUGAGGCCAAAUUGUAAACAACCUGGUGUGGAUGACAUUUUGACUGUAUGACAGCCUCAAAGGCCUCAAUUUCACUGCAGUGCUUUUUAAAAAACUGAUAUAUUGUGUUUUUCAUUUUUGUGUUAUGAGGUACUUAGUACCACCAAGUUGAGUUGGGUGGCCUGACAAAUUUUAUAAAUAACAUGACUAGAAAAUACAAAUUGGAAUAUAGACCCCAAGUGGCAAUUAAUGUAGAAAUGAUAAAAGCAGCAAAUUCUGCAAAAGAUGUUUUUUUUACAAAGUUCAUUUUGAAUAUUAUUAUCCAGUUAAAAAGCUAUAGUGGCAUAAUAAAGGCUCUUUUUUUCUUUCAGAAUGUAAUUCCAAGUAUAUUUCCGGUUACUAAUGCCUUUGAUUUUUCAAAUAGGCAGACAUUUUAAACGUAUUUAUUUCUCAAAUAAGAAAGAAGCAAAAUCUAAAAUUCAUUGCCACUGUAACUUCAAUCAAAUGGUUAUAAGUUGAGGACUACCUGUAUGAAUUCUUUUGCCCUAUAUAAAGUUAGGUCUUGCUUUCAGAGAAACACUAUACAGGAAUGGCCUCAUAAGAUUUCAAUGACUUCAUUCAAAAUAUACAACCAUUUGUGUGUAAUGGUACAGGAUUUCCUGCUUCAGCAGAGGGUUGGACUAGAAGACCUCCCUUCCAACUCUGUAUUCUGUUAUUAAACUUAUAAACUUUAACUCUAAUGUGGGCCAGUCCCCUGGGACCAGAGGUUUAAUCUUUCAGAUUCAUGCUUGGAGCCCAUCCUUAGGGAAGUUCUCUAGCAAAGUGUGUGCUUUGGGCUAUUCUCUGUGUUGUAUUUAUAUGGUGCCUGUUGUGUGUGGUUUUUUUAGGUGUUGAUUGGGGUGUUAAUGGCUAGCUAUUCAGUCAUUGGCUAUUGUUUCCUUGUGCUACCAAGCCCUCACCUCCUACAUACUUGAUAAGCUGGUGGUAAAUCAGCAUUCCUGUUGAUUAAUGAGGGGCCCCUUUCCCAAGCUUCAAUCACUUUCCUCACUAUUUUUGUGCCUGUUCAUCCAACAAUCUUAGUAGCUGCAAAAUUGAAUGUAUGUCCUUGUUCAUUGCAAUGUGAGGCUACCAAUGAGUUAUGGCAGGGAUAGGCAACCUUGGCUCUUAUGACUCGUGGACUUCAACUCCCAGAAUUCCUGAGCCAGCUAAACCUCUGGUCCCAGUGUCUGACUCAGACUGGAUCUUGCAACGUUAUCCUAGGACAUGUGUAUUUGCCUUCAUUAAUAAAAUUUUAGCUCUAUUCACAGAAAUCUUACACUCAAGAAUUACAGAAUUGAAACAAUCUUUUGAGACCUUCUUAAUCAAUGUAAGCUAAAGUAAAUAUUUGGCAACAUAUAAGAUGCCAACAAGGAACUGGAAAAAUCUGGGGGAACAAUAGGCGAACAACAGUUACUUAAUCCUUCCUCUGCUUGCUGCUUCUCCAUACCUCUUGAAUUUCCAACUUUACUUUUUGAAUGAUCCCAAAAGAGGUGCAGGGGAAAGCAAUGGUGAAGUAAAUGCAAAAACUGAUUUCCUGUUUACAAGUUCUCUCUUUUAUGUUACCUUCUCACUCAGCUACCUUUUGUUCAUAUUUGUCCCAUAUAUUUUUGGUGGGGUGAUGCCAAACAAUAAAAAAUAAUGAUAACAUAUAAUAUUUAAAUCAAUGCUAUUUAAACAAUAUUUGACAUUGCAUAUUUAAAUUGGUCACUUGUUUCUCUGAGGUUUAUUUAUGUAUUUAUUUAUUUUAGAAUUGGACAACUAAAUAGCCUUGCCAUAUUGCUACUGAUAAAUGCAUUAAAAUGAUGAAAUAUUGUCAAAUGGUGUGUAAAAUAUAUAAAUUGUUGCACUUUUAAA